AAGCUAUACUUACAUUCCAUUUUACACUGUUCGUCAAAAUUAAAGGGUAUUGACAGAGAUAAAGCUAAAAUGUUAUCUACUAAAAUAUUAUUAAAACAAAGUUGUACAGAGGCAUUGUUUAACAUAAAUUAUGUUGAUAGUUGACUAAUCUCAAAAUACUGAAUUUAAAUCAAAUUUAUGGCAAUUAAAAAUGCUAGGAAAAUUAUCUCUUGUUUUUCAACAAACUUUCUUCAGUAUAGUCUGCAGUCAACUGGAAACGCAAACCUUACAUCUUGAUUAAACUACCAAAUUUUUUAUCAGAUCUUGUGAAACUGUAGGCUACCUUUCUCGGUACGCACGUUUCAGAUCCUGAAGACGUCGGGAGGCAUUCAUACUGCAAUUCGGCAGCCUAAGAUAUCAUAUACAUGUUCAAUCGUGUUCGAAUCUGGUGAAUAUGGUAGCCAAUGCAUUCGGGUGAUAUUUUCUGUUUCCCAGUAUUCUGACACCUAUAGAUGCUCGAUAGGAUAGAUGAUGCGGAGAAAAUUCUCCGCAAAAAUUUCUGAAUUUACAAUACACUCUUCAACAGCUUUACAUAAAGUUUCAAGAGUUCGUUCAUAUAUCUGUGACCAGUACAGAACCUCUAUCGAAGACUUCCAGCAUAGUGCGACCAUUUUUGAUGAUUCCACUUUAAACUAUGAAACCACUCCCGUAGAAACAGAAUCUUUCAUCAAUAAGGACAGGUAAGUUACGUUGUGCUCGCUCCUUCCAAAUGAAAGCACAUCUAGAAUCACAACAUAGGCUACAUCUGGCUACACAUGCUACCAUUCCUUUUGGAUGCAUUGAACAUGAUGACGACAUUAUCUUAAACGAGCGGCGUUUUAAGAUGAAAUGAGUGGCCCACGAAUCAAUAAUGUCGUCGCUAAAAAUCCUAUCUCGUAAAACCCUCGUACAGCUAUAAAACGGCUGAGAGUUUCUAUUGCAACUGGAAGGUCAUCUGAAAUCAACUUUGUUGCAGUCACGUUACGGUUUUUUCGAACCGACAAUCGGGCGCGAAAAAGUCUUCAGCUGCCGUUGACCAGGCUGUUCUACUAACUUAUUCUCUGCUUUAGACUUGAUACGAAAUUUUGUAGGAUAUUCAUCAUGGGCAUUAUUCAUGACGAAUAUUCCAUAUUUCCGAUCCAUCGAGUCUGCCAAUUAACGGCCAGUUUUUGUUCUUUUCUUAAAUAAUGCCUUUGAGUUCUAAGUAAUCAGAAAUCACAUACUUACAAAAAAAAAAAAAAAAAAAAAAUACAUUAAAUUUAAACAAUACUGUACAGGCGAACUCCUACGUGUGUUCAUUGCGUACAAUUUUGUCAUAAUCUGCAUAUUUUAUGGUUAUCUUACGGCCAGAAAUCCAACUUUUCAGUCAGUUGCGGAAGAUUAACAUAAAAAAUCACACCAUUGGACCCUGGUUUAAAAUUUUAAUCGGUGAGUAUAUUUCUUCAGAUUAUCUUUUAAUUAUAACAAGCAGUGUAUAGCAGUUUGCAAUAAAUUUAUCAUAAAAUGACAACACAUAAAGAGAACACUAUCAGUAAGAUUUUAUUCCCAUUGCAGAUAUCGAGAAUCUGUUUGGAAAGGACAAUCUGGCUGGAUUAGAAGAAAUCCUACUUGCAUCUGAUCUCAACAACUGCAACGAGGAAGGAGAAUGUUUCGUCCAUAUUGCUUCAGGUAUGGGACAGCUGGAUGUGCUGAAAUUUCUGCAUUUCAAAGGAGCCGAUUUAUUUCAAGUGGAUGGGAAUGGUGAAAAUGGUAUUCAUUGGGCGGCUAGGAAAGGACAUUGUGAUGUAAUCGAAUUUUUACAUCAACAAGGCUUACCAGUAAACUGUACAAAUAAGAUCGGUGAUACUCCAUUGCAUUUAGCUUCAAAACAAGGUCAUGCAAAACCUGUGGAGCUAUUGUGUCGUCACCAUGGUGACGUCAACAGACAAAAUGAUGAGGGUGAAACAGCCUUGCAUCUUGCUUCAGUGCGAGGACACAUCGAGUCAGUUCGAUGUCUUAUAGCAGCUGGGGCCAAUCCUAAUAUAACGGAUAAACAUGGUUGCACUGCAUUGCAUUUAGCUCUCAGAAGACAUCACGUAUCGAUUGCGAUCAUGCUCUUGCAGGAUGGAUGCAACAUAGACAUCGUCGAUAAUUUAGGCGAAGCUCCCAUUCACAUCGCUGCCAGGGAAGGACUGUUACCGAUGGCGCAGACGCUUUGCGCUUUUGGUUGCAAAGUUGAAAUUCCUAAUAAGGUAUGUAUUAUGCUUGUGAAGAAGAAGGGUUUCUCAAAAUAAACCUAGAUGUGUAAAAAUUACAUUUGUAUGUUUAUAUUAAUAAUCCUCCGAUUAUGAACAACGAACUUGUAGACACAAGAAAAUCAGUGCA